CUAGAUAAAAAUGAAUCGACCAGGUUUUCACAGAUCUAAUUCAAGUUCAACCUGUAAACUAGAGGAACCUGUUAUACUCAGGAGACAAAGUUCUGUGAAAAGUUUGGUGAGUUUGGCAGGUAUAAGGAGGAAGAAAAGAAAGGAUUCUGAUUCUGUCAGUUGUACAGACAGUUGUACAACUGCGGAAAGUGGACGUGAUGUACUGCAGGAAAUGGUUUCUUUCAAAAAAAGAUUAAGCCGACGAAUGAGUUCUAUCCUGGAUUUUUCCAAGCCUUCCUCCGACGGAAGACGACAUUUAGAUUCUGUACCUCAUGUCAACAAUGUGAAGUUUACGAUAAGUGCCGAGGUUGAUGAUGACGGAUUGGAAAAUAAUAUAUCCAUCCCUAGACGGAUUCAAAGGAAAGAUAUUCCUAUAUGCUGGUUAGAUGAAUCUCAAGUUGUUCAAACACGACGGUUAAAUAAGAAAGCGAGGACGGAUAUAUUCUCUAACCUUGUGGAUACACUCUAUAACAGACAUCUAGCUAGGUAUAUUUUAACUUUCCUGCGAGAAGAGGAUUUUGUCAACAUGAGUCAGAUGAAAACGACCUCUGAAACUGGUGUGAAUGUGAAGACGACAUUUUGUCUAGGUUUGUGAUACCUGGCAGGAGUUUAUGUACGGGACAGUACACAAGAUAUUAUUCAACAGAAAGUACUAAUUCACAAUAUUGAAGAACAACAAAACUUACAAAUUAAAGGGACUGUAAGCGUAAUUUCAAGUGACCCUCCAUGCGAAGAUGGCAAUGCUCUAUUAAAAUGUGUA